AUGCCAGAGCAUCGGAGGAGGACGAAGCUGGUAAUGUGUUGGGCGUGGACGAGCAGGUGUGCUAGGGGCAAGAAGCGGAUCAGAUCGAGCGUGGACGAAGUUGCAACUCUGCGACGACUCACGGCAUCGCGCACGACAAUUCACCCAGAUGGGGCGGAGGUCAACAGGGUCGGCAUGUCGAGCAUGUCCAAUAUGUCCAACGUGUCUGAGCGUUUUGUGAUGGCCGAUCUGCAACGUCAUUCUGUGGCACGGUUUCCACAAAUCACACAGCUCGAUGGGUACGUUUCGGAAGUAUCCCAUACUCGCUUUAGCACCGGCAGCGUAUCCCAUCCACAAGCCUCGGAAGCUAAUCUCUUCGACGAAAAAUUAAAGCGAAGAACGCGUGUUUCGGAUGAAACACUCGAUUGUGACGUAGAGGAAUGGAAGGCGCCUCCGUUCCCUCCGGAACCAAACCCGAUGAUUGUUCAAACCGUGUUCCAGCAAACGCUCUUUAGUGAGCGAGGACCAGCAGAUGUUCCGUUACCUCCACCGACACCUGAUGAGUCCUGUGCCAUUCCAGAUCCAUGCUCCCGGAGCCCGAAAACCCCUCCAGGAGAGCCACCUUCACAGCUCUCACAAUGGAUGAAGGAUCGCGUGUGCUUGCAUGAUGCGCACCUCGCCAAUAGAGCUUUGGAGCUGCACAGGAAACUUCCAGAGACCCAAACGCCAACAUCCUGCAAUCUACCUUCGACGACAUUUACGCCACGAGAACGCGUGACGCAGGUCAACUCGUUGAUGCUUUCCCCUGACCUCCGUCGACCGUCCAACACGAUCUACGGGGUGGCACAGGUUCCUCCCCUUCAAGACCACCGCGAAUGCGAAGCUUCGAUCUUAGAAUCACUUUUUCAAUACGGCCUGCAUCAGAGGGCCAGACGCAUAAGAUCCACUAUACGGACCUCAUUCACUCCUGAUAGUCUACCCUCUGUUGGCGAGCGUCCCAUACGGUGGUGGCAUGAGCAUGCAGGCGGCCAGAGCGAGAGCAGCGACGGCGAGGCAUCCGUGGGAGAGCGGCCAUGGCCGAGGUGGUGGAGGCGUAUGAGUCUUGUAAGCAGGACUCGAGCAGCGGCACGGGUUCAGCUUUUUCCGUACUCCAUAGUUCCGUCUGUCCCUCUGACGAGAGAGACACAAGUCCGUGCACCAUCACCACCACAAAACCAAGGACAUGUUCCGUCCAGCGUGUUUCCGCGUAAGCAUAUUGCGAGUGAAGAUUCUGUGGGUGAAUAUGAGUGGUUUGAUCCGGACGCGAUUGGUAUUGCUCUUUGA